AUGGAUUCUGAAGUUAAUGGUGAAGUGCUAGUUGAAACUCCACUUAAGGGAAAAGAUGUUCUUGUUCCUUUUAAUGAUGCCAAGUCUCAACUCACCAGUGACGAUACAUUGUCUUCACGGCUCAAAGAUUUGAACUCGGAAGCGAUGCCAUUAAAAUCGAGCAAUUCUGAUUUGGUGUUAGAUUCUGAUCGGGCAAAACAGGAAAAGUUGUCGUCUGACCGGCUUUUGUCGAAUUCGCUUGUUGAAAGUACUGGAAAAUUAGAUUCAGUCAGUAAAAAUAGUGAGACCAAUAAAUUAACAGCUAAUGAAUCAUCUAUCACUGAUAAGUUACAAAAUUCUUCUUCAAAACAUCAGUCAGAUGAUAUAUUGGAAAAGAAUCAUAAUGCUUUACCUCUAGUGAAGAACAACUUAGGAAACGGUAGUGAACUUAGUCUCUCAAAUAAAGAAAGCUCCGUUGAUCUAAAUUCUCAGGAUAAGACAAGUCUUGCUGUAUCUCCAUCAAAAACUCAAGAAAGUGAUAAGGAUAAGAGCACAGAGCAUGAUGAGGUUAAAAGCACUCAUCCAGACGAUGUUGAAAUGCUAGAAGAUCAUGUAGAAUCUACGGUAUGCAAAAAUCCUAAGAAGCUAUCUUUAAAUGCAGAUAAAGCUGAAAAAUUGACUGAAGUAUUGAAAGAUUCCCGUAGUGUGAAAGAAGCCUCACAUUUUACCUCAAUAUCAUCCUUAGUAGGACAUAAGUAUGACCUCACUGCAAAAACAUAUACCUCAUCAAAUGAAUCAAGUUCCGGAAUUCAAUCUCCACCAUCAGAUAGCGAUCAAAACCACUCGACUGAUACCGAAAAGAAUGCAUUAUCUUCGGGGGAUCAAAAUUGUAUCUCUAAAGUUUCUAAGUGUAAGGAUUUGGAAUCAGAUUCGCAACGAGAGCCUGACCCACUUUCAAAAUUAAAUGAGCAUUUGAAUUCCAUUGGCUUCCAAGAUAAGCUGAGUCACUCCUUCGAUCAAAUCGAAAGGAGGGAUUUUCCUAACAUGUUAAAUACAGAGAUCUCUAAAAGUUGUUAUAAAGAAAAUAAAAAUCCCAGUAUGUCUUGUUUGCCGGCAAGACCACAGAACGAACCGUCGGAUAGUUUGAUUUUCACGGAGCUUUCUAAUGAAGAGACUGGUUUUCCCGAUGUCUUCACCGGUCAUGUGACUAUAGGGAAAUAUAUCUCGGUCAAAGGGGAUUUUACGCUCAGGAGUUCUGAAGCCCUGAUCGAAAGUCCGUCUGUGAUUGCACCUUACCUUUUGAAAGAGCCAGAUUCUUUUCCUUCUAGAGAAUCUAAGUACGAACAAAAAGAGUUUUUCCAGUCCACUGCCGGGCAGCUUCUGAUCGGAAUCGGAAUCAGCAGAGUCAACGAAUGGUUCCAUAGAGAUAUGACUCGCAUAAAAAAGUGGCAGAUAAAAAAAGAGGGAAAGCUUCCAAACCUGGAAGAAGAAUUGGCUUUGCACAGGGAUUGUUACCUUGAGGCAAAGAAAGCAAAUAGUGUGUAUUCCUUCCCUCAUAGGUCAUGUGACAAUUGCGGGUUUACAACGGAAUCUGCCACCGUCAUGGAAGGGCAUCGUUUGGUUCCUCACGUUACAGCACGUAGAGAGUAUGAGUGUAACUUCUGUAAAACAAUAAACAGAGAUCCCAAAGCAAUGCUGGAGCACAUGCUGAAAAGUCACGGUAAAGUCGGACGUAUUCAGCCACCCGUUCUUUUUUUCGAAUGUCCUUACUGCACGACAUUUGAGAGCAAUUCCAAAACGAAAUUGAACAUUCACCUGGCGAAGUGUUUCCGUUUUUUCGACGCCGCGACCAAUCAAGCUCCUCCCAGGGAUUUCGAGUUCCCUGCCCUCACCCCCAAGCCGAUAACAGUGGCGGUCGUCAAGGCUUACGAGAAAUCGUUGACUUCGAUGCAGAGGGGGAGGGGUCGACCCAAGAAGACGGAUUCUUUUACGGAUUCACUUUCAAUCGGUCAAUUCACGCCCAAUUUGACUCCGACGGCCAUGUUGCCGAAUCACAUACCUCCUUACAGGCCAAAUUCCGGCUCUCCCUUAUCGGAGAGUCUGAGUUUACAGAACCAAAUUAUCCCUCCUAUUCCAAUGCCGAAUAUGAGCAUUAGAUCUCACACCAGUCCCAUGAAUUCACUUCCGCCCAGCAUGCCACCCAUGCACCUGGCAUCACCCAGCACUCGAUUCUUCCCAGUGAACUCGAUGAACGCUAUGAUGCCGAUGCUGGGAAAUAGUCAUUUAGUCACUUCGUCGUCACAGUUCCCGUUUUCUCCGAGUUUAGUCAACAGCGGGACGAAGAAAGUCCACGCUCCGACAGCCCCCCUCUUCAACAAUCUGUUCGGAAGUGGCAUCAGGCAGCAGAGCACUCCCAAAAGCAUCCCAGAAGUCACCAUCACCCCUCUUCCUAAAUUGCAAGGCCCCUAUCCCGUUCCUUCGGUGAAACCGAAUUCUGCUCCGGGCAUCUCGCCAUCCUCCAACAACAGCAUGGUCGUGUGUGAAAUUUGUGACGGCUACAUCAAAGACCUCGAACAGUUGCGCACACAUAUGCAGCUCAUUCACAAAGUCAAGAUUCAUCCGAAAAUGCUCGCCAGCAGGCCCCCUCUGAACUGCCAGAAAUGCCAGUGGCGUUUUUUCACCGAUCAGGGCCUAGAACGUCAUCUGUUGGGUACGCAUGGUCUGGUCACUUCCAACAUGCAAGAGUUGGCGAACAAAGGCAAGGACGCUGGCUGCUGCACCAUUUGUGGGCGUGUUUACGCCAGCAAAUUAGUGACCCACAUGAAUCAGACCCACAAGGUGACUUUGAAGCCCGCUCAUCUUUCGUACAAGUGUACCGUGUGUUCGGCCACCUUCAACCUGUAUCGGCUGUUCGAGAACCACGUGUACCUGGUUCAUAGUGGUGCCGCGAAAAGGGCAGCGGCAACGGCCGAUGCCAAUGCCGCCAAAAAACUCAAGUUGGAUUCCUACGCAGAGAGCGAAACCGCGAAUCACAAAGAGCGUAGGACAUCUGGCGAUUUGUGUCAGGAAAACGUUAGGAAAUGUGUAGGGUGUGGUUGUGACGUUAGUCAUGCACAUAACAAUGACAAAUGUGAAAAGUGCCUAAAAACUGCUGAAAAGGUGCAAAUGCAAGGCACUUUUAGUCAAGCAUUUAGAGACGAGCUUAGAAAAAAUGAUAAACGUUGUGAAGAAGCUACCUGUUAGGUAUUUAACUGUAUCCUAAGCUCUCACUACUAAAUUUUUUUGGGAGACCACUAAUCUUUUUUUUUUUUUUUUAAAUUCUGAGGUAAGAAUUAAAAAAUCCUUGGUUUGCAAAGUGCUGAAAAACCAUUAAGUAUGAAAUGUCAAUUUUAUGGGUAUGAUCAAGGUUCCUAUAUACUAUGUAUAAAAAUGCUAUUCUGCUUAUCCUCAUAAAAAAGUUUAUGCUGUCUUAAUUUUUUCAUGCAGCACAGUGCGUAAUACUUUCUAUGAAACUAAUCUAUGAUGAAAAAUUGCAAUUACAUUAA